UCUUCAGACAACAUUUAGUUAACAGAGAAUGAAUAGCAGCCUUGUAGACCAAUCAGAUUCUAUCUCUACACAUGAGAAACAUUACAACAUCCUGUAUUCAGAGGUCAACAAAGUGAAAGUGACGUGGAUGAAACGUGUAGAGAGGAAUCGUCGCAGUCAGUUGACUGUUGUACCUGUGUGACCAGCCUGAAAUGACAGUGCUCUGUGUUGGUGUCCCGUUACACAUGUGGCUGAGUAGACUAUAUAAGCAGCGCAAUGCAAACCAAUCGUAUAAAUCAGUGUGUGCUGCUGUCUACCCCUGCAGAAUUGUUUGAAGCGCGAGAUAGGCUGCUGCAGAUUUCAUUCCUUUCGGAUUAUUUGAAAAAGCUAAACAUAUUUUUUCAGCAAUAAUGGGUGUUAUGGUUUCACAACUCUUCUCUCGUUUCUUCGAGAAAAAACAGAUGAGAAUUCUGAUGGUUGGGUUAGAUGCUGCAGGGAAGACCACAGUCCUGUACAAACUAAAACUUGGAGAAGUUGUCACUACUAUCCCCACUAUUGGGUUCAAUGUGGAGACGGUUGAGUACAAGAACAUCAGCUUCACGGUGUGGGAUGUAGGUGGUCAGCACGUCAUCAGACCUCUGUGGAAGCAUUACUACCAGAACACUCAGGGUCUUAUAUUUGUGGUAGACAGCAACGAUCCUGAGAGGAUAAAUGAUGCUUCAGAGGAACUGCAGAACAUGCUUGAAGARGACCAGUUGAGAGAUGUAGUUCUGCUGGUGUUCGCCAACAAACAGGACCUUCCCAACGCCAUGUCUGUCAGUGACAUCACAAAUAAACUGGGACUGAGGAAACUUCAACUGAAUACUCCUUGGUUUGUCCAGGCUACCUGUGCGACCCAUGGUUCAGGUCUGUUGGAGGGACUGGACUGGUUGGCUGACCAGCUUUCCAAGCGCUAACUAGCUGAGUUGGCUCUGGGGUGAAGUUAUCCCUAUGUACAGGUCUAGGAUCAGCUUCCCCUCCYCAAUCCUAACCUUAACCAUUAGUGGGGGAAAUGUACUGACCCAAGAUCAGUGUCUAGGAGCACCCUGUAACAGCUGCGCUCAGCCCGUCUUAAGAACGACCAGGACACAACGUUUACUCAAGGACAACCAUACAAUCAGAAGUGCCUUUCUGAAAAGUUUCCAUUUAAAAAA